AUGUCGUUUGAGGCCACUCACGGGGAUGUCGCUUCAUCGCUCGAUCGAAAACGGCAACGCGAGCAAUUCAAAGCGCUCCUGAGGAAAAACUUCACUCUGAAAAGAAGAGGCUUGUGGUGUUGCUCUUUGUUCGAACUGCUCGUCCCGACCGCAUUCGUGGCUUUGAUGUGUUUGCCAAAGGCACUCGUCCCGGACGAGAAGAACCACGACGUGUUAUACAGGAGCUUUUCGAUAGGAGCCGGGUGGUAUCCAAUCGGGCAAUUUGGGUCGUCGGAAGAAGAUGGGGGUGGUGAUACUUCGUCUUCGUUGAAAGGAAGCGGAUGGCAGUUUACGUUUACGCCGAUUACGGAAGAGACUUCGGAUAUCGUUGAAAGGGCGUACGUGAAUUUUUUGUGCGCCGAUAGUCGAAGCGAGAACGCGGACGUGAAAAAUAUGAGCUUCAGCGUUCCUAGGAUGGUGGGUAUGGGUUGGAACGAACGAGCGUUGGAACAAAUGGUAACAGAGUCUAACGAGGAUCCUAGCGAUCUGGAGAAGAAUAAAACGGCGACGGCGGCGGAGAUGUUGCUAACCGGGAGGAUCUUCGACGAAGAUGGCGUGAAAGAGUGGCGAGAGGAAAGGUGCUCGGAUACGUGUUUGCAAGAUGAAAGCGGAUGUUUUAAAACGAAGUGGUUACCGAUAUUGAGUGAAUUCGUGAAAGGUUUCGAGACGGAAGACGCGAUGGAGACGCACAGAUUUGAAAAAACCGGAGAGGUACUGGCGGAAAUUGUGUUUUCUUCUUCGAGUAGUAGCGAUGGUGAUAGCGAUAUAGAAGACGACGACGAUAGCGAUACGUCCACAUCAAACGCGUUCAGCAUUUUAGACGAAGAAACGAGGUACACGAUUCGAUUAAACCGAACGCAUUUUGGAGGCCAGAGAAAGCUCGCUCGCGCUACCGGUAGACAAUACUCUACGGAGUGGGAGGGCGAGAGCGAGCAAGACUACUGGAAACGGUUCGAACGAUCGGUACAACUCCAACACGCCGUCGAUCAAGCCAUAGUGGAUAUGAAAGAUGACAAAGAUGACGGUGUGCCAAAGAAAUUUAGCGUCCAAAUUGAUUCCUCUAUCAAACCGUUCCCGGCGGUUGGCUACACGUACAACUUGGGUGGUAUAAUCGCCGCGUCGUUUAUCGGUUUUGUUGGCACCAUAGCGUUUCAGUCUUCUGCUGUAUUAGUCAUGAAAACCAUAGUCGUAGAAAAGGAGUUAAAAUUAAGAGAAGGGAUGAAAAUGAUGGGCUUGACUGAUUUCACGUACUGGUCGAGUUGGUUAGUUACGCAUUGGGCAGCCUCUAUGAUUACAGUGACCAGCAUGACUUUAGUUGGAAUCUAUCCGUUUGAGUACACGAAUCAAUGGUUUCAGUUCUUGUUUUACAGCGUGUGGGUGCUAUCGAACAUUUUGUUCAAUUUUAUGAUCACCACGUGGUUCGAUCGAAGCUUGGUUGCGACCAUUGUGUCGUUGUUUAUUUACAACUUGUCCAUACAACCGUCCACUCAAAUACGAAUUGUCGCACCGGAAGGUUCUGCCGCGUGGCUUUGGACGUGUUUACUCCCAGCUGGGUCUUUAAACAUGUGGGGUCAUGUGCUCUCGCAGUUGGAGUUAACCAGAGAUGGUAUCACCGCUGAAACGUGGUCAAAAUCAGUCGUCGAAAACGUCGACGUGAGCGCGAGCUCAGUUUUCGCCAUCACUGUUUUCAACUGCUUCUUUUACGGAUUUAUGACGUUUUAUUUCGACAACGUCUUGCCGAAAGAGUUUGGUCAACGAAAACCUCCGUGGUUUUUGUUUACGAAAAGUUAUUGGUUUCCCACGACGGAAGUGCAUUUGUUAAAGCAUAAUAACAAUAAUAACAAUAAUCAGAGCGAAAUAGAAAUGAGACAGCGGUAUUGUGAACCGCUACCAGAGGAAAGCACGGAGUCUAUAUCCGUCGAAAAUUUACAAAAAGUUUUCCCGAACGGCGUUUCCGCGGUGGACAAUUUAUCCGUCGCGUUCGUUCCUGGACAAGUCUCGGCAUUAUUAGGCCAUAACGGCGCAGGGAAAACGACAACGAUUAAUAUCUUGACCGGUGCCAUGGCACAAACGGCGGGGAAAGCGACCAUAAACGGUUUCGAUGUCGCCACGCAAAUGUCUUCCAUUCGUCUUUCAUUGGGUAUUUGUCCUCAAUUUGAUGUUUUAUGGCCAGUUUUAACGUGCCGGGAGCACUUGAAAUUGUACGCUUCUCUGUCUCAAAAUAAAGAUGUGAUGACGGAUUUAGACGAGUCGAUCGAAAGCGCGUUGCGUGAGGUAGACCUUUUGAAUAAAAUAGACGAACAGAGUAAAAACUUAUCGGGCGGUAUGAAGAGAAAAUUGUCGUUAGCGUGUGCAUUUAUAGGUAACCCGUCGAUUGUAUUUCUAGACGAACCUACGAGUGGGAUGGACCCGUACUCUCGGAGAUUCAUAUGGGACGUCAUUCGAAAACGAGCGCAAACGGGCAAGACGAUUAUGUUAACCACGCAUUUCAUGGAUGAGGCUGAUUUAUUAUGCGAUCGAGUUGCGAUUAUGUCUGCCGGGUCAUUGGCGUGCGUUGGAAGUCCGGUAUUUUUAAAAUCCAGGUUUGGGAGCGGGUACACUCUCACGCUCGCGAAAGACCUCGACAAAGAGAGUAGCAGUAGGAAUGGCGACAACUCGGCGCAAUACUUAACCGGGUUGCAAAAAGAGGGGUCUCGAAAGGCCUUACAUUUUGUCCGGAGCGUGGUAACAAACUCAUCUUUAAUUUCAGACGUUGGUACCGAAGUUACCAUUUCCUUGCCGUUGGGUGCGACGCAUCUAUUUGCAGAACUUUUGAAGAAAAUUGAGCACGAGUUACCGACGUUGGGAUUCACCUCGUACGGGAUCACGUGCACGACGUUGGAGGAGGUGUUUUUGAAAGUUGCCUCGAACGCGAAACAUUUGUCAAUUGAACAGAAAGAAAACGAAGAGCACGAGAGGCGAAAGCAACACUCGCGCGCGAACACGGACAGUAUCGUGGACAAAGUACACGGCGAGAGCAUGAGAGAAGCGUUCGUGGCGAACUAUGAAGAGCGCGCAGAAUACGUCACCGGUUCGAAACUGCUUUCGAGACAGAUUCGAUUCUUACUUUGGAAACGGUACUUGAACUGGAAACGGACGAUAGUCACGACGUGUUUACAACUGUUGUUACCGUGCGCGUUCUUCGCCUUGGCUUUAUUUUUGACGACCGUUGAAUUCAAAAGAGAUAUCGUCUACAAACCCGUGACGUUUUCGCGGGGCGCGCAUCUCGACGGGCGAGAUAUUUUAGCAACAUAUCGUAACAACGAUGAUAUAGCGGAUAAAGUCGUUCGUAAUGCGUGGCCUGAUCAGCGAACGCAGAUUACGGAGGCUUUUGGCGAACAAAUAUCGUGUAGAUGCAAUUGCCCAGCGCCGAAGCAGGAGGCGUAUUACGCCGCAUUGACGUGCUGCAUGAGCGAUCCAACGCUUGUAAAACCGAAGUACGAAAACAAUACCAUCGCGACGUUAUCGAAUGCGUGCGGAUACACGGAAACACAAACAGAUGUUGUCGGUUUCGCCGCGAGAGAUGCUCUUGGGAAUUGUGCAAAGAGCCCGAUUCAUGGAGUCGAUACCCAAAUCAACAGCUCGUGCGAAGCGAGUGCGGACACUUCCUUCGACGGCACUUUGCUCGGUAAAUUCGGCGACAAACGAAAACCGUGUAAUUUGCGCCCAUCCGGCGCCACAUGCGAUGCAAUUUGGGUUGACUCCUACGUCGAUGAGAACGGAGCCGAGAAUAAAGUUACCGGAGGCGUGUAUAGACACACGUUGUACACUGAUGUCACGGCUUUCCACGCUAUAGGCGUGUCCACGAACGAAGCCAACACGGCAAUUUUACGACACAGAUCCGGGAACGCAAAUGCGAAGAUCAAAACCACUUUGAAAUGGUUUGAAUCAAAGGAAAAGUACGAAGAUGGCGAGAUUGUUGAAGAAGCGGACAAUGCUCUCGUCCUCAUGUUUACCGCGGUCUUCUCCGUCCUCGGCGCUUCGAUUUUAACCGCUUCGUUUGCCGUUGUUCCAGUCAACGAAAGAGCGAACAAUACGAAGCAUUUACAGCUCGUCUCGGGCGUGAACAAGACCAUGUAUUGGCUGUCACACUUCAUCGCAGAUAUGUUCCAAAUGAUUAUACCGUUGAUUGCCAUUACGAUUGUUUUUGCUGGGUACAACGUGGAAAUGUUCCGCGGAAGAAUUGGAGACAUCUUUGCGCUACUCUUCGUCUUCCUCCUCGCGUCUAUUCCGUACGCGCACGCCGGUGGUUUCUUCUUUAAAACUGGAUUCACCGCGUACGUAGGGGAAAUUGGUAUCGUUUCCUUCUUAGGUGUCAUCACGACCAUCGCGGGUAUCAUCUUGUAUAACCUCCGAGAAUUGAACGAUGCAACGAAACAGGGCUCGGAUAUAAGCAAACACGUUUUUGCGUUGGUCGUCCCUCAUUACUCCUUAGGUCGAGGUUUGUUCGAUUUAGGCAUGCUCAACGAGCAAAAGCAACGACAGAUGUUCGAUUUCGAUUGCAAUUGUUUGAAAUUCGUGGAAUCGGAUUCGGUUGGCGAGACCAUGUGGAUGCAUUAUCUCUAUUUGUUUGUCAAUUUUGUCACGUUUACGUUCCUGGUGUGCGUCUUGGAAAGAUUGGAAUCCGUGAAAGGACGAAAACACAUUUCCGAGUACAAAGAGGAGAAACGAUUAAAGCGAAUACGGAAGUCGGAAGAGAAAAACGAAAAUAUUAGAUUGGCGGCGGAAAGGCGACGAGGGGCACGACAGAGCAGGGGAAGAAAUGGGUUCACAGAGCGGCCGUCGUCGGCGUCUUUGGGUCUCGAAGAACAGCAAUUAUCGGAACAACAGUAUCAACAGCAAUUGACAACCGUCGCGUCAGAACAACCGGACGAAGAAGAUGAAGACGUCGUUGCCGAACGCCGACGCGUUCUCAAUACCGAAUCCAAUUUGACCGCCAACGACGGCGUGAUUAUUAAAGAUCUCGUCAAAAGUUACGGUUCAAAGAAGGCAAACGCAGUCGACCAUCUCUCGGUUGGUAUGGCGCACUCGCAAGUCUUUGGUUUACUUGGUGUCAACGGUGCCGGGAAAACGACAACGUUCAAAACAAUCACCGGCGAGUUUGCGCCAACCUCUGGUGACGCACUCAUUCGCGAUUACACGAGCACAAACACCUCUUCCGGCACCGAUCGUCGCUUACUUUCCAUCUCCAACGACUUAACUGCCGCUCGACAAAGAAUGGGGUACUGUCCUCAGUUUGACGGCUUACAAUUAAACCUCACGGGGCGCGAACAUAUCAAGUUUUACGCGGCGAUUCGUGGCGUGCCGUACGGCUCCAUCGAUUCCACCGUCUCGAAACUGCUCAACGAAAUCCAGCUCACCGACGCCGCCGAUCGCAUUUGCGGUACCUACUCCGGUGGUAUGAAACGCAAACUUUCAGUCGCGCUGGCUUUGGUCGGCGCGCCUUGCGUCGUCCUUUUGGACGAACCAAGCACGGGAAUGGAUCCAGAAGCUAAACGAUUCUUAUGGGACGUCAUCUCCGCGGCGGCGAAAUCAAGGACGAUCGUCUUAACUUCGCAUUCCAUGGAAGAGUGCGAAGCUUUGUGCCAUCGAGUUGGUAUCAUGGUUUCCGGUCAAUUCAGUUGCAUCGGGAGUCUCCAACACUUGAAAAACCGAUUCAGCGAAGGUUACUCCGUCACGGUAAACUUUGACAAAUCCAAAAAACCCGAAGUUGUCGAUUUCUCCUUGAAAGAACUCAAAGCCUCCAUCGCGGAAUCUCACAUCUCGGAGUUGAAAUUACGCGUCAACCACACGCAAAACGAAGACGAAAUCAAGUUGUGGCAAGUCUUCGCCAAGUUACACGAGGUGAAAACGUCCGGUUUAAUCAUAGAUUACUCCGUCUCGCAAACGACGCUCGAACAAGUCUUCGUGAGAUUCGCUUCGAAGCAAGGCCAGUUGGAAUAA